GACCGCCCAGCACUGCUUCUCCGGAGGAGGAGACUGCACCUACAACCCGCAGACAAAGCGGUGCAGCAACGGUACCCUGAUGCGUGGUAAAGACGCUCCGGUCGCUUGCCUGCUCUGCCAGUGCACGGCGCGUUAAGCUGGCUCAGGCUUGAUGGACUUCCUCCUCGCCUCUGCGAUGCAGGAAAAGAGCGCUGUCUCUGGCCUUUAUACACCUCUCUCCCCCUUUCCGUAUUUAUUCUUUCCGUAUUUAUUCAUUUGUUAUUAUGUACACCCUCUCUGCGUGAAAGCAGCCGGAUCUACCUAUUUAUUGCAUUACGCGUCUUGCUUCGUGACUCCC